AUGAGUACUAUCGAGCGCCUCCUGCUGGCGAGCGACGAGGACGAUGACGACGACUUGGGGGAUCUGGGAGAACUCGAUCUCUCGGCCAUCACGCUCGAGGAGAUUUUACGCGAGGAAGAAGCAGCUUCGAAGACUUUAGAGGACGCACCAGACGCUCCUGGAGCUUUGCAGGAUGGCGACGACCUUUUCUUUGCCCCUGCCACGUUUACGCUCCACAUUGAACCAGGACCGGGGAUGGACGUGAUUCCAGUGCGUCGGGUGUCGCCUGCAGCUAUGACAAAGGCCGAGACGCAGUUUCGGACGCCACUGCAGAUUGCCGAAGCACGAGAAAAGCAGCUGCUGAGCUGCAUUGGAGUGGAGCUUAUCUCGCCGUUGCAAGUGAAGCGACGUCUUCGUGCUCAUGCGCGGUCGAAAGCUCUGCAGUCGAGGCGGCAAGGACUUGUGGCUAGGAAGAAGAAUGGGAAAAACAAGAGAAUAGCGAAAGGAGCUGGAGUUGUUGUAACCGCGGCCGAGAAGAAGUCGACAGGAGUUGUGAAGGUCGAACCAAUGGAAGCCAUUAGUCGACAGCUGCGGAAGAACAUUGAGUUUAAAGAGUAUGGCCCCGGGUCACCCACAGUCGUCGCAAUCCACUCCAAGUUCAUUGCUAUUGGUACGUCAAAAGGACUUGUGGUUAUCUUCGACCAUUUCCAGAACAUUCGACAAGUGCUGGGAAAUACAAAUGAUGCAGAUGGAGAUGGACCGGUUACUGCUGUGGAUGUAUCCCCGGGUAGCGACUACUUAGUGUGUGGCUUUCAGAGCGGACGCAUUGUGCUCUGGGACAUGAUCAAAGGCACGUCGCUCAAAGCAGUUUCGGAUGCGCACGAGAACCCGGUCGUGAGUCUGCGUUUUUUGAAAGACCAAAAACCGGUGCUUGUCUCCGUGGACACCAAUGGUCUGGUAAACAAGUUAAAUUUCUCCAAAAUGAUGGGAAUGGUUUACGUUGUGGAUGUGGACCCGCUUUACGAUGGCUCCGCUGGCAAAAUCCUGUCAAUAUCCGUGCUGCCGCAAUCUGCCGGUAACGCGAAGAUCUCGUAUCUCACUGACCAGUAUUGUCUUGCUGCACUAAGCACAGAGACUUUGACAUUCAUCAUCGCUAUCGAACCUGAAGUUCGCGUGAUAUACCGCUGGGCACGACCUGACGACAUUACGGCCGAUGAUCCGGUACUACCGACGUUGGCUUUUGCGUGGAUUUCCUUUCCCGGAAGCUCUCGAGCACUGGCACCUGUGCUUGCACGUGGCUGGGGUAACCGUGUACAGUUUUUAGAGGUAGUUUUUCCUGGUGGCAAGAAACACUUACACACCCGCCAUGGUUUUCCUACCUUUGACGAGCACGAUCAGGUUGAAUCUUCGAGUGCUGUAAUGGCUGUACAGUGGCUUGGUGACCAAGUUGUGGUAUACCUGAACUCUCAUGACGAAAUUUGCGUAUACGAUGUGAUGUCCAGACAGGAGCUCGAAAUCGUAGACGUUUCGUCGUUGGAAUUGGUGUUUGCAUCUUAUCGCGGUAAAAAUGCGCGUAGCUUUUCGAAUAGUUUUCGAGGCUGCUACAACAUUCUGUAUCUGCUUGGUUUGAAAGAGUUACAGACGGCUCGAGUGCUGCCGUGGACACAGCGUAUCGAUUUGCUUGUAGAUGAUGGCGAGUGGUUGGAGGCGCUAGCACUGGCGCUGGAUCAUUACGAGGGACUCAAGACCGCGGCGGCUGAUCGUGCAGCGAGGGAUCGAUUUCCACCCGUGUUUUUUCGCGAUAAGCAGAAUGAUCAGUGUCUUGUAGACAUAUUGCACAUGUGUCAGACUAAUCAGCGCACUGGCGAAAAAGAGGAUGUAUUCCGACAUGAAGAAAGUGCUGACGAAGUACGUUGGGUAUGUGGUGAGGUGCCGUACCCGCCUGACAUUGCAAAGAAACUUGAAGAAACACUCCAAAAGGCGCGUAGCGGCGAGGUAACGAAGAAUUUUGUUCCUAUCAGUGUGGCCGAGCGUGUCGCGGACCUACUCAUGGAGUAUGUGCGUCUUGCCAUCGCAAACGCACCGGGUUCCACGGCUGCUGCUGGAGGUGAAUUGAGUCUCAACAAAAUCGGAAUGAAGCUGGAUUUGGCUAAGAGCCAUUACCAAAUGUUAGCAGGUGUGUGUAUCGAGUACUGCGCACUUAUUGGUCGCACAGAUCUACUCUUCGGCGAAAUCUACACGCGUUUUAAAGAUGCGAACAAGUUGAGUGUGCUUAUAGAACUGUUGGAGCCGUACAUCCUCUCCGAAAAAUUGAGAAACGUUUCUUCUGUGGCUAUGGAAGAAUUCGUUCGACAAUUUAGCGCCCAGGGUAAGCUAGCUCAAGUUGAACAAUGUCUGCUUCAUUUGAACGUGGCGGAAUUGGAUUUGGAUACAAUCUUGAAGCUUUGCCACGAUCAUGAGCUGUAUUCGGCUCUUAUUUACAUAUACAAUGAAGGGCUGGACGACUAUACAACGCCAAUCGAUGUUUUGUUGGAGGCUUGCUCUGACGCAAAAGCAUCCAAGCCGAACCUUGGAUCAGAAUCAACCUCGAGAGCCAGUGGGGCACCAUCUGGAAGCCGAGUAAACAAUCUGGCAUCAACGUUCGGUGGUACAGCGCGCACAGUUACCUCCAAAGUCUCAAUCGCAAAGCCUGCAGUACUGUCAGCGCAGGAGAAAGCCGAAGAGUUGGCACUCAGCGGUCCACGACGCCGGCGCUUGUUUGGGUACAAGCUGCUGUUGUACAUUUGGUACGCGUUAAGUGGUCGCACGUUCCCGAAACACGAGCAGAUUUCGCCUUUGAAAUUAGGCAAGGUGCGCUCGCAAAUCUGUUUUCACUUAUUCGAAAAAACAGUGGCGGGAUCAUCAAAGUUGCGACCGUUUCCACGUCUUGAAGCGCUUAUCGACCUUGACGCUCGCGAGCUUUUUAACAUCAUGGGACGAAUGUUUGAUACGCCGAGCGUUGAAUUCGAAGGUGAAAAGAAGGACAUUACAGGCCACCCUACAAGCCGAUACGACUCGGCUCGAAAUGCCGAGAUGACCAAGUGUCCUAGCCGUCUGUCGAUCGUGCUUUCGCUUGCGGAAGUCAUCUUUGGACAAAACAGUCCAUUUAGCUCCGUCGAACAUGCUCAUUUCUUUAUGUUUGAGGCUCGACUUCUCAGUGGAGGUUCCAUCGAGCCGCAAGAAUACGCUGACGCGCGUGCUGAGGCCAUUGGUGAUGCUGGAUCUGCUGGCGGCGCAUCGAUGAUGGAUUCACUGAUGAACUUCCUGGCUCUCGGCCCAGCGUCACUGCUUUCCAAAGGCUCUUCAGCAGUCACGUUGGAAACUUCGCAAGAGGAGGGAUUCGACAAGACUGGCCGCGAGGCGAUGCUCGUGCGUCUUUUAACGAAGCUGAGCAAGGCGACAUACAAUCACGAGGCUUUGUUGGCAAGUGUCAUUCGGGAGAAGAUGAACCGCGCUGCUGUGUUGCUGUACAAGGACAAGGGUGAUUUUAGCCAGGCCAUCGCGUCUUAUUUGGCUGAUGAAGACCAGGAAUACCGAAUGAAUGCUUUUAGCUAUAUCCGAACGGAGACCGAUAAGGCAGUGGGCGGCGAAGAACUGGAAAUGCGCGACAGUAAUGGCAGUGAACCAACGCGCCGUCGUCAAAAGUUUAUCGAAGACGCUAUGCUUAGUCAUGCCCCGGCACUUAUGAAAACAGAUGGCUACGCGUUCGUGACAUUGAUUCUGGGCCAAUUUCCAAAUUUAAACAACAAGGUUAUCCAGAAGUUCUUGUCAAUGGGCAAGGAGGGCGCAGAACUCGAGUUUCUGUAUCUCAAGCAGGUACUCAUGGCCGCACCAACUACUAGUGGCACCACUGCAAGUGAUGAAGCUGAUGUUGUAAAGGAUCUUUUGGAUCGAUCGAAACUGCGCAUUGCUGAUGACCCCGCUGUGCAAGAGCGUUUUGUGCGUCUUUUGUGCAUGUUCGAACCUGCUGGAGUGUUUCCCUACCUCGAAUCGCACGAUAGCUACAAGGUCGAUGCGUGCUUGCGUCUCUGCAAAGAGUUCGCCAUCACAGACGCCGAGGCGUAUUUGCUUGAGCGGACAGGCGACGUUACUGGUGCACUCACGCUUAUUCUGCAAAGCUUAGAGCAAAAGCUCAAGAUUCUCAAGCCUGCUCUACGUGGUUACAAUGUCUCAGCUGUGUCUUCGUCGUCUACUGGACCAUCUGACAUGUUAUCAGGUGCUACAGUUGGCACCAGCAGCUCCAGUAGCACCCGGCUUCAGUCGUCGGACCGCAUUAUAGAUAGUGUGCAGGAAGGCAAGGACGCUUUGAAGACAUUGGAGGUGGCCUUGACCAUGUGUCAGCGGAAUUCGUUGCGUAACCGUGACGAACAGGCGGAGAAGCUUUGGUUCACGCUUUUGGACAAGCUGCUGCGUAUUCAGAAUUCUAUAAAGCGCAGCCUCAGUUCCAAGUCUUCGUCUCGUAAUGUGCCUGUCACUCGGACGCACAGCACCGGUGCGAACAGUGGAGCUAUGACUGCAUUCCAAGUGGCGCUGAACGAAAUGAUUCGUUUUAUCCUUGAGCGUAUGGCGUCCUCAGUGUCACUCAAGUCGAUUCUCUUUAAGAUUACAAACGAGCACGGUCGUGGCGCAUUUGGCGAUUUUCGGCCCACGAUCUUUGGUAUGCUGGACACGUACAACUACGAGCAGAGUAUCUACCAGACAGCAAAUGCGCUCAUCAGCGUGGACCUUUUCGAUCAGAUCGUGACGCUGAAGCGCUCGAAGUCCCGCUGUUAUGCCCCGCCAUCAAAUGUAUGCGGUUACUGCCACGUUGCACUCACUAAACCGCCUUUUGGAAUGGGCCAAUCUGGAGCCCUUGGCACGGAGAAAUGGCACUUGAACACAUCUAUGGUACUGGUUAUGUCAGGUCAAGCUUUUCACGAGUCAUGUGGUAAAGCAUGGCAACAGGGCGUGGACGUCAAGACGCCAGCCGCACGUGGAGCUUCGCCGGCAAAACUCACGCGGAACAAUAGCUUAUCGAGUACCGCAACUGGCGAUGGAUUGGUCGAUGAUGAAGCUGGCAGUCGUCUUCAGCGCAAGCAGCCGAGUACAAGACGGUACUUGGCUCGGCUGAAGACCCAGCGCCGUGCUUCACGACGACAGGUAUCGCCACACGUUGUGCUCGAGAGUCUUAUUCGUGAGGAUAAUGGACGCAACAAGUACCUCAAGAGCUCGCGAGCAGUUUUCUCUCUGCGCCCAGAUCCAGAGGUGGCUGCUAGCAAGGUCAAGAAGCGCCUGGGAGUGCGCAAGCCUGGUUCGCUUCCCAUGGCGCCCAUCCAGAAGGGCAGCAUCUAA